GUCGUCCAUAACCUCACUUUUUUCCUGUUUUGUUGUGUUCAGUGCUCGUGAAAAAACAAGGAUUUCACCCGAAAAUACGCAUUUUCCAUUGAAUUUUUCCAUCUAAAUUCCUCCAUAGAAGUCCAUUGAACAAUAUUCUUUCUGAAUAUCAAAACCAAUUUAGGAUUUUAAGUGAUUUCCGUGACAAAUACCUUGACUGAUUUGUUUGCGGGAUGGAGGCAAAAAAAGAGGAAACAAUGGAAAUUGAUGAAGAUAAGGCCCUCCUGGAGUCAAUGGAUACGUCUUCCGAUAGGAAGCCUGGUCCAAAUGUAAUGGCCAGUUCUACGACUAUCCCAUCAGUGACCAUUUCGCUGCAUCCUCUCGUUGUUAUGAACAUCUCUGAACACUGGACUCGCAUUAGGGCCCAAGAAGGCGCCCGGAAGCAAGUAAUUGGAGCCCUGAUUGGGAAGCAGAAAGGAAGGAAUAUAGAGGUUCUCAAUUCUUUUGAGCUCAAAUUUGAAAUUAACACGGAUGGAGACAUCAUCAUCAACAGAGAUUAUUACAUAGCCAAGGAGCAACAAUAUAAGCAAGUGUUUAGCGAUUUGGACUUUCUGGGAUGGUACACAACUGGAGAAAAUCCAUCGGAAAGUGAUGUGAACGUGCACAAGCAAAUCUGCCAGAUAAAUGAAUGCCCUAUAAUGCUGCAGUUGAAUCCUCAAUCCAAGGGAGUCGAUAAACUCCCAAUUGGACUGUAUGAGUCCAUCAUUGAUAUUGUUCAGGGAGAAGCAACAAUGCUGUUUGUUCCUCUGAAGUACACCCUUGCAACGGAGGAAGCUGAGAGGAUUGGUGUUGAUCAUGUGGCUAGGAUGUCUACCAAUGAUGGUGGAGAGAAUUCAGUUGUGGCUGAGCAUCUAAUGGCUCAAUAUGGUGCCAUAAAGAUGCUUCAUUCGCGUGUUAAGCUGGUUUUGGCCUACAUCAAAGAAGUGGAGAGUGGCAAGAUUAAACCAAAUCAUGAGAUCUUGCGGGAAGUUUAUUCCCUAAGUCACCGUCUGCCUAUACUCCAGACUCCGGCUUUUCGUCAGGAAUUCUAUAUGCAAUCAAAUGAUGUCUGUCUCAUUACGUAUCUGGGCACCCUGACGAAGGGAUGCAAUGAUAUGAAUCAACUGGUGAAUAAAUUCAAUGUUUUGUACGAUAGACAGACAAUGGGAAGGCGUAUGAGGAGUCUUUUCUUCUAAGAUUGAUUUAUGUGAGAAAUAAAUUACUUUUGGAAUUCG